AUGGACUCCAUGUUCGAGGACGACAUCAGCAUCCUGACACAGGAGGCUCUGGGGCCAGAUGAGGACUGGCUGGACAGCCCCAACACUGACCUCUCGGGUGAGAUGUGCUCAGCCUCCCACUUUGCCCUCAUCACUGCCUACGACGACAUCAAGAACCGACUGACAGGGCUGGAGAGGGAGAACUCCACGCUCAAGCGUCGGCUCAAGAUGUAUGAGGUCAAGUACCCACUGAUCGGUGAGUUCGGCGAGGAGCACAUCUUCUCCCUCUAUGAGGCCAAGGAGACGUCGCUGCUCAAGAGUGAGAAGGCAUCUCUGCAGCAGCAGCUCAACCAGUUCCAGCACGAGCUGCAGAAGAGCAAAGAGCGUGAGGAGCAGCUGGAGGAGAUGAUCCAGGCGUAUGAGAAGCUGUGUGUGGAGAAGGCUGACCUGGAGACUGAGCUGGGAGAGAUGCGAGCGCUGGUGGAGACACACCUGAGCCGCAUCCGGAGCCUGGAGCAGCAACUGCGGCAACGCGACGGAGGCUCCUUCCCGGGGCUGGGCACGCAGGAG